AUGAGUGGAGGAUUGUGGAUCCCCCCCCCCCCCCCGCAACCUAGGCCCCCCAAAGGCAAGAAGCCGGCUGCCGAGUCGGGGAAGGGCGGCCAGGACCGAGGCUCCGCCAGACCGGCGGACUUGGACUCCGACGAUUCCUUGCUGGGCGUCGGAGGAGACUCCGACUCUGAUGACAACGACGGCAACGCUCCACCGGAAGCUGGCGGGGUCGCACUGGAGGGGGACGAUGAUGAAGACGACGUCCCCCUGGUGAGGCGGUCCAUAGCAGAGCGGGCGUGCAGGCGGGAGGCCAGCCUGCAGCCUCAGACACCUCACGUCGAUGCGGGGACUGGGGCCUCCGCCGGUAGCGCGGCGGCGGCAGCAGCCGUCCCGGCUACCCCGGCGGCUCCGCCAGUCCCCCCCGCACGAAGCGCCCCCCCGGUGAGAAGCAUCCUGGCGGACAGGGUGCUCAAGCUCAACCCACCGGGGUCUUCGAGGAAGAAGGGGCAGGCCAGUACUUCGCCGGCGGCCCCGGCCAAGAAACCCCACCCGGCGUCGGGCGGCGGUGACAAGGACGCCCCUGAUGUGGCUGUUACUGCGGCGGCAGCUGCCGCUGGGGACAGAAGGGUCCCCGACCCAAGCUUGCAGGGCACCGCCCCGACAGCAGGUACACACAAGCUCAAGUACUUCCUCUUCUGA